GAGCGCCUGGGGCGGGGAAGGGAAAGCGCUUGUCAACAACGGCCGCAUCGGGACUGCAGCCUGACAGUGAUAGCUGGGAGUGGGGGGAAAAGCCUUCUUCCAUCAGUCAUGCUAAAUUUUGGCGCUUCCCCUUUCCAGCUCGCGGAGGAAAGAAUGGAGAUGAUGACUAAAAAGCAGCACACUAGGAGUUGUUCUUGGAAUAAUACCACUGAAAAGAGUGAUUUUGAAGCCGUAGAAGCUCUGAUGUCCAUGAGCUGCAGUUGGAAAUCGGACUUCAAGAAGUAUGUCGAACUGAGACCAAUAACACCAACAUCAGAUAUAUCUGAAGAACCUGAAGACAACCUGCAACCUCCUGCUGACUUCCAUACAAUAUCAGCCUUUUGUCUGACUCCACCCUACAGCCCUUCUGACCUUGAAAUGUCUCAAGCAAUCCAUCCAGCAACAUCAGGACCAUCUACUGUACAAAGCAAGUCAUUUAUGGACACUUCUGAGCAAGGCUUUACAGCAGCUCUUAAAGAAACUGAAAAGGUUCCAGCGUCAAGAAUGCUGAAAGCUCAGGCAACCAGUGUCAUUCGUCACACAGCUGAUGCUCAGCUUUGCAAUCACAGAACCUGUCCAGCAAGAACAACCAGUGUUUUGAAGUAUCAGGAUGAUAACGUGAGGGAAGCAAGUCAAUCAGCCAAUGCAAAAGAAAAAGAAAAUUCAUCUUGUGAAAACAUGGCUCUGAAUACUGCUGUUUCUGAAGAGGAUAAGCUGCCAGGCAUGCAAGAAAAAGGAUGUCCAGUGCUGACUUACAGUCCAGUGCCUUUCACACAGGCUGCACUUGGAACCCCUCUGCCUGUCCCCAGAUCAGCACAGGUGCCUUCACUGGUAAUUCCUCCAUCUUCUGUGCAAGCAGGGGGAGUCCCUUCCAUGCCAUUGGUCUGCCAGAUGGUUCCACUGGCUGCUAACAAUUCUGUUGUGACAGCAGUAGUACCCAACAGUUCCCAUAAUCAAUUGCCAUCAAACCUUUGUCAGCCUAUGGUGUUCAUGGGAGCCCAAGUUCCCAAGGGAGCUGUGAUGUUCGUUGUGCCUCAGACUGUUGUUCAGAAUCCAAAGGCUCCGGUGAUCAGUCCUAAUGGCACCAGACUCUCACCUAUUGCUCCUGCUCCAGGUUUUACUCCUGUUGCAACAAAGACCACUCCAUCUGUUGACUCUUUAAGAAUAAGAAGUCAUGUCUGUAGUUAUCCAGGAUGUGGAAAAACUUACUUCAAGAGUUCCCAUUUGAAGGCUCAUGUUAGAACACACACAGGAGAGAAGCCAUUCAGCUGUAGUUGGAAAGGGUGUGAGAGGAGAUUUGCACGUUCUGAUGAACUUUCUCGCCAUCGCAGAACGCACACAGGGGAGAAAAAAUUUGCCUGCCCAAUGUGUAAUCGGCGAUUCAUGAGGAGCGACCACUUAACCAAACAUGCACGUCGCCACUUGUCGGCCAAGAAGCUACCAAACUGGCAGAUGGAAGUGAGCAAGCUAAAUGAUAUAGUUAUACCACCAACUUCUGCACCCGCACAGUGAAAUCACAUGGUCUGAAGAUACUGUUAACUAUUGUCACUUGGAUUGGGGUGCCAACAGUGAUGCAAAACAGCUUGCAAAAUAAGUCUGAGGUUCUGCAGUGUCAAUUUUAGAUGGUGCUAGAACAGAGAGAUGCAAUGGCUGUUUGUACUCCUGAGAGUAUCGUUGACCUAUGAGACAGGUUUCUUUUGUACUUGGGAGAAAGGAGACAUGGAAGUGUCAAAAUCAGUGCAGUAAUGGAGCUUUAAACACGUGGAAAACUAUUCAUUUGCACUAUAGAUUAGCCAGGUAUAAGCCAGAGAGGUAUGCAGGUGCAAAGGCUUAAGAAUUUCUUCAGAGGCAUUGUAAACAAAAUACAGAACCAGGGAUAGCCUUCAGUUAUACCUGAGUGUUCCUUUCAAGUAUGAGACAAUAUUUGGGUUUAUUCUCUUUUGAGACCCAAUUCUGAAUGAUAGUGGAAAGCUGGUUAUGAAGAAUCUUUUGAGGUUAGGCCUGUUUAUCUCCAUCUCUUAGAAUAUCAAGUAUAGCUAAUUAUAGCAAUUCAAAACAACUGUUAAGCAUAUAAUUUAGUAAGGGAUAUUAUAUGGUUGCAUUAUUCUUACAUGCAAGCCUAAUAGUAUUUUUACUAUUUCUUUUGAAAACAUCAUGAUUAGUACUAUUAUCUGUACUUGAGCAACUUUUGAUGUUUCUGCUUUUAAGUUGCUUAUGGUUUCAUUUAUACCUUUAAAAUUCUAUACCACUGAAUUUUAACACUUUGAUACAGUGCACUUUGUUUAAAAUAUAAUCUUAAGAGUAAACUAUGAAGCUUUUUUCAGAAGGAAGGACAAGAGUAUGCUAUGUUACUUUCUGAAAAGUUACUCUGGAAAAUAGCUUAAAAUAGAAGUAUAAGUGACCUUUAUAUGUUAAGGGUACAGUCUAAGCUGUAUUAAAAUCAGAAAAUGAGGGGAUGUAUUAGAAGCAAAAGAAAUGAAAACAUCAACUCUAAAUGUGUACACCAUGAUUUUCCCAUCAUUUUUCUGAGCUUCUGGGAAUGGUGUAAUAUCUAUUUUGUGACUACUUAAAAUUUUGCACAGUAUUUCUUAUAAUGUACUUUAUACUUUGUUUACAAUAAAG